CUUAUCAUCAAACUAUUUUCAUAAAGCAAUCUAAUUAAAGAUACAACUGUCUCAAUCACUCAUCUUCUUUUGCUCUCAACCUCUCAUCAUCUUCUUUACAAUCAUUGUCUUCUGGAUUUUUCUGCUCUUAGUUCAAAUUUAAAUCGAUUCUAACCCGAUUGAAACCACCCAAUCAAACCGUAAUCCGAUUUAACCGUAAAUCAGAACGGACGGAAAUGGUCUGAGUUUUUUCACCCCCAACAAUUUAGGAUCCGAAACCGGCCCCAACUAAACUGAUUUACUUUUUUCCUUUUUGCUCUUUACUUACUUGUUAAGUAUUAAAAGCCUAUAUAAAGGCCUGUAAGCUUGAUAUCACUUUUGCUCUUUACUUAUACCACUGGUAGCAGCUCUUUUAAAGCGCCCCAGAACUCCUCCUUCCAAUAAGCCAGCUAUGGACUAUCAAACUGCAGAUUCAAGCAUAUCAGAUCAAGUCAAUAAUCUACCACUAAAUUUGCUUUCUCUUGCAUACUCUGAUGACUUGCCCAACACUGCUGUCAUGACUCUCAACCAAGGUUCACUUGUAAAAACUCUCGACUUCCAUCCACUUAACCAAAUUCUACUUCUUGUUGGAACAAACAUGGGGGAUGUCAUGGUGUGGGAUAUAGGUAGUGGCCAAAGAAUUGCUCAUAGAAAUUUUAAGGUUUGGGAACUUGGAGUAUGUUCAGUGGCUUUACAGGCGUCUCUUUCCAACGAGUACACAGCGUCAGUUAAUCGCGUGGUGUGGAGUCCUGAUGGAACACUUUGCGGUGUUGCAUAUUCUAAACAUAUUGUCCACAUAUAUUCCUAUCAUGGCGGGGAUAAUCUGAUAAACCACUUAGAGAUCGAGGCUCAUGCUGGGAGUGUCAAUGAUCUGGCUUUUUCUUAUCCAAAUAGACGGCUUUGUGUUGUAACAUGUGGAGAGGAUAGGGUCAUCAAGGUAUGGGAUGCAGUCACUGGUGCAAAGCAAUUUACUUUUGAGGGCCAUGAAGCACCUGUAUAUUCUGUAUGCCCUCAUCACAAAGAAAAUAUUCAGUAUAUUUUCUCAACUUCAACUGAUGGAAAAAUUAAGGCAUGGCUGUAUGAUAAUAUGGGCUCCAGGGUUGACUAUGACACACCGGGCCUUUCAUCUACCACAAUGUCAUAUAGCGCUGAUGGAACAAGAUUGUUUUCAUGCGGAACAAAUAAAGAAGGGGAGUCAUUUCUAGUUGAAUGGAAUGAAAUUAACGGAACCGUCAAGCAUACAUACCAUGGUCUUGGGAAAAGAUCUGUAGGUGUUGUGCAAUUUGAUACCACUAAGAAUAGGUUCUUAGCUGCUGGUGACGAGUUUAUGGUCAAAUUCUGGGACAUGGAUAAUACUAGCUUGUUGACUAGUGUUGAUGCAGACGGUGGAUUAUCGGCUUCUCCAUGUAUUAGGUUUAACAAGGAUGGAACACUAUUGGCCAUCUCCACAAGUGACAAUGGAGUUAAAAUUUUAGCAAAUGCGGAAGGUAUUAGACUGCUCCGGACUGUGGAGAAUCGUUCAGUUGAUGCUUCCAGAGUUGAGUGAUUAAAUCAAGAGGAAAAAUUACAUUCUAGAAUUGGUUGGAAGAAGAUACAUUUUUCUUAAACACUAAGAUAUGACAUGUUGUUGUUAUUCUUCAUGAUUAAGAAAGUAUAUUAUAUAGCAUAACAUCGAAGAUUAUUUACUUACUGGUUAAGUAUUAAAAGCCUAUAUAAAGGCAUGUAAGCUUGCUUUGAAAAAUAUUAGUUUCAGAAAUAAAAUUAGAGUUGAGAAUUAUUA